CACUGCGCUCGCUCCCAGAAGCUAGCUAGCUAAUCACCUCGAGACGGACGGUGGAAUCAAAAGUAGUGACAAGAAGAUGGCGGAGUGAUUGGGUUGCGCUUUGAAGGAAAGCAGCGACCCUUCAUUGUCCUAAAAUAUUCUACGAAGAAACGAGAAUCACAUCCAAAUUGUAGCUAUCUUCGGAAAUUUGACAAACAAGAAGAAUAUUGCCCCUCUUGCGGAGGUGGUUCAAACAGAUCGAACGGAAUUUCGCAGUUCCACUGGUGUCCGAUAGCUCUAGUGGGCUAACGUUAGCUAGCUACCCCGAGGCACUGGGCGACGGACAUACUAGGCACAUUAGGAGUGUUUUCAGAAGAAUCGUGUUCCCUUUUUCGUGAUGUGUUGGUUUUAUUUUUUCCAAGAUUUUUUACUAGCUAGCUAGCGAAUAACGUCUGAAAAUAAACACUGUUCUAGCUAGCUGGCUAACGUUACGUUGUUUCAAGUACAUCGCCCACGAGCAACCAGGACUUCUGUGUAUGUUCUGAUAACGAGCUGGCCGAGAAGGGAAACCGACGGCGCAGUCCCAGAAAAUCCUAUUUUAAACUGAUCAAGAGUUGCUCGUGAUUGAGGAUAUGGCAAGCAGCAGCGGCUCUAAAGCCGAAUUUAUUGUCGGUGGGAAAUACAAGCUUGUCAGAAAAAUUGGGUCUGGGUCAUUUGGUGACAUAUACCUGGCGAUCAACAUCACAAAUGGAGAGGAGGUAGCUGUAAAAUUGGAAUCUCAGAAAGCCAGACACCCACAGUUGUUAUAUGAAAGCAAACUGUACAAAAUCUUACAAGGAGGAGUUGGAAUCCCACACAUAAGGUGGUAUGGCCAAGAAAAGGACUACAAUGUCCUAGUGAUGGACCUGCUGGGACCCAGUCUGGAAGACCUCUUCAACUUCUGCUCGCGCCGGUUCACCAUGAAAACUGUACUAAUGCUCGCAGACCAAAUGAUCAGCAGAAUCGAGUAUGUGCACACAAAGAACUUCAUUCACAGAGAUAUCAAGCCAGACAACUUUUUAAUGGGUAUUGGCCGUCACUGUAACAAGUGUUUAGAAUCUCCAGUGGGGAAGAGGAAAAGAAGCUUGGCUGUUAGUUCUUCUCAGGACCCAUCUUUCUCAGGAUUAAACCAGUUGUUCCUCAUUGACUUUGGUCUGGCCAAAAAAUACCGGGACAACCGGACACGACAGCACAUACCCUACAGAGAAGACAAAAAUCUCACAGGCACAGCUCGCUAUGCCAGCAUCAACGCACAUCUGGGAAUCGAGCAGAGUCGCCGAGAUGACAUGGAGUCGCUAGGAUACGUCCUGAUGUAUUUCAACAGAACCAGCCUGCCCUGGCAGGGACUAAAGGCUGCCACAAAGAAACAGAAGUACGAGAAGAUUAGCGAGAAGAAGAUGUCGACUCCAGUCGAGGUGUUGUGUAAGGGUUUCCCCGCAGAGUUUGCCAUGUACCUGAACUACUGCCGUGGGCUGCGGUUUGAGGAGGCGCCUGACUACAUGUACCUGCGUCAGCUUUUCCGCAUUCUCUUCAGGACCCUGAACCACCAGUACGACUACACGUUUGACUGGACAAUGCUGAAGCAGAAAGCAGCACAGCAGGCCGCGUCCUCAGGGGGACAGGGGCAACAGGCACAAACCCCUACAGGCAAGCAAACUGACAAACCCAAGAGUAACAUGAAAGGUUUCUGAGCAGUAAGACAAAGAAAUGCUAGACGAGUUGCCGUAACAGGAUUUGCCUUCCAAUCACACCCCGGCAUCCAGGAUCAAAUUCACCAGAACCUGCCAGGCAUUGUGGGCAACCAUUUUUUCCUGUUAAAGAACUUUCGUUCCAUAUACUAUAUAUGUAAUUGCUCUAUAUAGGUAACAUGCUCUGCAUAUAUCUAUAUAUUGGUAUGUAUAUACUAUAUCUACACAGAAAGCCGGCUUGGUAUGGAAUUUUACGAAGCUGUAGCCUUCUCUAUUGUCCUGUCCCUGAAGAUUUUUUUUUUUGUGUGUUUCUUCAAAACUGAAAAUAAGACAUGGUUGGCUCACUGCGGAUGUUAUUGUGCACAUGGCAAUACUUUCCCCUUGAUACUUUCUCCCUCUGAGAGCUGCUGCUCGGGUGCCUGCCUCACCUCAUGGCCCCCUGUCAGAGCAGCUUUGUCCCCAUUCCCUCAGUCACCGAGCGUGGCACGAUGACCCAGACACACGUCAGUCAGAUUGAACAUUUGAAACGACAAUUUUCUCUUCCUUAUUCAACUUUUUUCCCUCAUUUUCAAGCAAAAUGAAAGAUGUAAACGGAAACUGUUUUCUUUGUUGUUAUGAAUGAAUCCUGGGUAUUUACUAAGCAAACAUUGGAUUUAUUUAGUUUCUUUUCAUAAAAAGGGUAAUUAAGAUUCUGCCUGCUGAUAUGUGCUAGAAGAGCUUCAAAUGUGAAGAUGAAAACAAUUCUAGUGACUACUAGGUUUCUCUUUAGAACGCUGCAUUAACUAUAUUGUACUUGGUAUUCUGAAGUCUCAAACAAUGAAUAAAAAAGAUCAACUCCACAAAAGCAUAUUCAUUAUAAAUUAGGCACCACUUGACUAAACCUGUUUGGAAAUUGCUUAUUAAAAAAAAUUACGCAUCAAUUCUUUUUAUUUUUGGAGGUGUUAAUGUCAAUCGACAAAUGUCGUUUUUUAAAAUAUUUUUUUUUAUUCAUUGAGUUGCUAUGAUGGAUGACAUCAAUGUUCUGUUUUUGAGAGAACCUCACACCACCCACCCUUCGGUUAUCAUUUUUAUAUACAUGCAUAUAUAUAUACACUUUUUUUAAAGAAUCAGAUAACCUACUUUUUUUUCUUCAGUUUUAUAGAGUUGUCGUUCCCUGUUAUUGAAUUGAUCAUUUUGGGGAAAGGGUGUUUUUGUUUGUUCUUCCUGCAACUAAAUUUCGCUGCUGCUUAGAGUUUCCUCAUUUUCGUUCUUUUUUUUUUUUUUUUUGCAAAGAUAGUUUUGGAGGGUUUCAAUUCUGUAUAUGUCAGGGAAGAAUAAUUUGGAUUUCUCUCAGCCUUUAGUCAAGACAUGCACACUAGUAACUGUUUCUCCCACUCCCUAUUACACCCCCUGACCCAGCUUUAGCUAUUUUACAGCUGGACAUUCUAUAAAAGUGUAAUUUAUUCCCUUUAGGAUGUCAGAAUAAAUUUAAAUGACUUGUCAGAA